UUCCAGCAUCUCUGCUGACGGUUGCCGCUUUCUUUGCUCACAAGCCCAUGUGUGUUCUCAUGGGAUCUUCCCAUUGUACAGAGGAGGAAACUGAGGCUGAGUCCGAGCACUCCCUUGGUGGAGAUGGCCGUGGGGGAUCGUAUAACACCUGCGCCAGGGUUUUCCACAGCCGCCGCCUGCCCUGAGAGCACAGUUGCACACCCCGGAGAGAAGGGGAGAGAUUUUCAGGUCAGAGAACUGGGGGACCGAACUGCACCGGGAAAGGCAGAAGCAGGAGGGACAAUGACUUCCAGCAAAAUUGAGAUGCCCGGUGGGAUGAAGGCUGACCCGGCGGCUUUGAUGGCAUCUCUGCACUUGCUGCCUUCUCCCACUCUCAACUUGGAAAUCAAGUACACCAAAAUUUUUAUCAACAAUGAGUGGCAAAACUCGGAGAGUGGAAAAACGUUCCCCGUAUUCAAUCCUGCAACGGGAGAGCAGAUCUGUGAGGUGCAAGAAGCCGACAAGGCCGACACGGACAAGGCGGUGAGGGCCGCUCGGCUGGCCUUCUCCCUGGGCUCGGUGUGGCGGAGGAAGGACGCCUCCGAGCGAGGACGCCUCUUGGAAAAACUGGCUGACCUGGUGGAGAGAGACCGGGGCCUUCUUGCUACCAUGGAGUCGCUGAACAGUGGGAAGCCAUUCCUCCAGGCUUUCUACGUUGACCUUCAUGGCGUCAUCAAGACCUUGCGGUACUUUGCCGGUUGGGCAGACAAGAUUCAUGGGCUGACCAUCCCGGUGGACGGAGACUAUUUCACCUUUACGAGGCAGGAGCCCAUUGGCGUGUGUGGACAGAUCAUCCCCUGGAACUUCCCCCUCUUGAUGUUUGCGUGGAAGAUUGCGCCUGCCCUUUGCUGCGGCAACACUGUGGUCCUCAAGCCGGCCGAACAAACCCCGCUCACCGCCCUCCACCUGGGCGCCCUCAUCAAGGAGGCGGGGUUUCCUCCGGGCGUGGUCAAUAUUUUGCCAGGAUUUGGACCCACCGUAGGGGCAGCAAUUGCUUCACAUGCGGGGAUUGAUAAAAUUGCCUUCACGGGGUCCACAGAGGUCGGAAAGCUGAUUCAAGAAGCAGCUGGCAGAAGCAACUUGAAGAGGGUGACUCUGGAACUCGGGGGGAAGAGCCCCAAUAUUAUCUUUGCAGAUGCAGACUUGGACUACGCGGUGGAGCAGGCCCACCAAGGGGUCUUUUUCAAUCAAGGCCAGUGCUGCACAGCUGGCUCCCGGAUCUACGUGGAGGAGCCCAUCUAUGAGGAGUUUGUCCGGAGGAGCGUUGAACGGGCCAAAAGGAGAGUUGUAGGGAGUCCCUUUGACCCAACUACAGAGCAAGGACCACAGAUUGACAAGAAACAGUACAACAAAAUCCUGGAGCUGAUCCAGAGUGGGGUGGCCGAAGGAGCCAGACUGGAAUGUGGGGGCAAAGGUUUGGGCCGCAAGGGAUUCUUCAUCGAACCCACGGUGUUCUCCAAUGUGACCGAUGACAUGCGCAUUGCCAGGGAAGAGAUCUUUGGCCCUGUUCAAGAAAUCUUGCGGUUCAAAACCAUGGAAGAAGUGAUCGAGAGAGCCAACAAUUCCGACUUCGGGCUGGUCGCUGCCGUCUUUACCAGCGACAUCAACAAGGCGCUGACGGUCUCCUCCGCCAUGCAGGCGGGAACUGUCUGGAUAAAUUGUUACAAUGCCUUAAAUGCCCAGAGUCCUUUUGGGGGUUUCAAGAUGUCUGGCAACGGAAGAGAAAUGGGAGAAUGCGGGCUGCGAGAAUACUCGGAAGUGAAGACGGUGACCAUAAAGAUUCCUCAGAAGAACUCGUAAGGGAAGAGGGAAGCGCCGUGCUCCCCAGCACCAGGCGGGCCUCUAUUUUCCUCUAGAGGGACUAAGCACUCAGGAAUUUUUAAAAAGUGACACUGAUGUUUGUUUUUUUUAAAAAUAGCAUUGCAGCCAGGUUCAUUAUUCAACUUGAUGGGUUCUUCUCCACUGCUGACACCGUGCUCCUUUGAUCUCGUGCACUAGAAAAACCUUCUGAAACGUCUGAGCUCUAUGGCUGAUCAGUGUUCCCAUGCAGAGGCACACAUGCGCAGUCUCCCCGUUCGGACAAGAAAGGCUGCUUUUACACGACUUUUCGGCUUGGGGGGAUUCCGGGGGAGGAGCAGGCAGGAGGCCGCCCGCAGCCACGGCCGGAGGCCAGAGCCACUGGCCACCGAGAGCCGCUCUGCUCUCUGGCAACGCGUCCAGACGGGCCUGCACGUAUCCUGGGCUCCUGAUCCGUGCCGUCACCUUAGAGAGGUGGGUCCUGGUCCUCCUCAGGUGGGAGGAACACGCGGCUUGCCUACGUAGGGUCGUGAAGCUUCCAUCCUGGGCUGAAAGCGGGGGGUCUCGGAGAGAAAGCCCCUGCCUUGCAACUGCUUGAUUUGAAAUAGUCCCCUGGUUAAGAACGCCCGGUUUACAGACGACCCAGAGUUCAGAACGGAGCCUACUGUAGCCAGAUCUGAGUGAGACGCACAAGGGUUCGAGUUCAUUACACAAUACUACUUAUGCAGUAUUAUACAAUCAUACUGUUCUGGCUUAUGCACAAAUUCGACUUAAGGACAGACCCUGGGAACAGAACUCCGUCUUAAACCAGAGACUACCUGUAACUCAUUGGCUAGCAGCCCCCCCCCAAAUCUUGCUGCAUUUCCCCCUCUUCUCCUUGAUUUUGAGGCAGCAGCACGGUGGCAAGAGCGGAGUCCCCCAUGGCUGCAAUGGCCUGGCACACGGCAUCCCCUUUUCCUCCCGGUCCUCAGUGCCCCCAUACUUUGGGCAGGGCUGGGGAGCCACCUCUUCCCUCCUCUUGCUGAGUCAGAUUGAGUGAGCUUUUGCCAGGCCCGAAUUUUGGCCCCAGCAGAGGCAGGCUCCAAGUCCUUCGCCAUUUGAGCCAGGCAGGGAGGAGGCCGCCGGAAGGCACCAGCCGGUUCAGGCUCCCCAACUUUGCCCUUAUAAAGCCACUUCUGGGAAGACCUCGGCAGCAGAGCAGACGCGGUGCCUGAGCAAGGAAGCGGUGCCUGUCCUGGCCCGAGGAGCCACUCCUCCCAUUCUCUUUCCUUCCCAGAGGGGUCAUGAACAUGCCUGCUUGGGCAAAGCCUUCAGGGGCCCUCACGAAAACGAGGUUCCUGGAUCCCCCACAUGACUGCAGAAGGCAACUGGGGGGGGUUGUUCCCCUAUCCUACUCAGGGUGCGGGUGCAGCUCCCUCCCAGUUGCUCAGGGAGCUACGAUGCCAAUUCCAAAUACUUAUCAGCCAGGUGGUUCCUCCUUGCCGCCAAAGAGCACAACAUCACUUCCAACCAUUAGAUCUCCAGAUUAUCUGAUGAUUUUGCCCUACAUGCCAACCUGGCCCUCACUGAAGCGGGCAAAGGCUGACUCAAUCAGCCGCCAGCAACAUUGUCUCCACCCAGUGACCGAGCAGCCCUCCCUCCCAGCACUGGCAGAAGGUUUGGGGAGACACCCCCCCAAAAAGGAGGCUGGAAUUAAGACAGGGGAACCUGUAGGUAGGCAGAUGGAGCUGAGUUGCUCCCGUCGGAUCCCUCCCGGCGCCGCCCGAUGCGGAGUGCAGAACCUGGGCAGGCCGGGGCCGUGGAGAAGAAAUCCUGUAGAUAGCCGACGCGGCCAGCUAGCUGCACGAGGCCUCCGGGGACGGGGCAGCCUGCGCAGGGCUCCAUUUCUAACUGCCCACAGCGGGAACCAUCCUUGGUUCUGCUUUCUGCUUUAACUGCCAGUUUCUGAUCUCGGGCAGCCCACGAGCGGAGACCUUGUUCUGAAAAGAAAGGAAAGGAGCUCAGAGGGUGCCCUCACCUUGCUCAAACAGCCCCCCACAACACCCC